CGUGAGGAUACGGCUAUGUAUUUCGUUUUUGUUCUGUGUUUAAAAUCAAAUUUGACGAUAAAAUAUAAUGAAAACAUUCAAACAGAACGCAGACUUUCCCCAUUAGGUGAAAUAUAUCUCUUAUAUUAUUGAAUUUGCUGGACUUUACGUCUGGUUACGUAUUUCAUAGCAUCGAAAGAGGUGUAAACAUUCAAUAACAUGGGAGCUGACACUGGAAUCCGGCAAAGAAAAAAGUUGGGUUCGAUCGCUGGUAGCGAUGACAAAAACGUUGUUGAAUUAAAAAAGGAGGUCGGUAUUAUCGGCGCCAUUUCUAUGGUAGUUGGUACAAUGAUAGGAUCGGGUAUCUUCCUCUCGCCUGCUGGAAUCCUCGCCAAAGCUGAAUCGGUUGGCGCAAGUCUCUGCGUGUGGGCGGGUUGUGGAAUUCUUGCCACUCUAAGUGCUCUCAGCUACGUUGAACUUGGUUUGCUAAUUCGAAAGUCGGGCGGUGAGUAUCAGUACUUGAAGACGGCGUUUGGCAACGUGGCAGGUUUCCUGGUUAUUUGGACAUCGGUGAUUGUGACCAAACCAUCAUCAUUUGCGAUCAUUUCCAUUGGGUUUGCUGAGUAUGUUACUGCCCCAUUUUACCCUGGUUGUACCCCACCUGCUACUAUACAAAAGUGCGCGGCGGCGUUUUGCAUACUUUUGAUCACGUCCAUUAACUGCAUCAACGUAAAGUUGGCAAACUUCGUCCAGAUAUUUUUCACGGCUGCAAAACUGUUGAUUAUCGUUGCCAUUAUCAUCGGCGGGUUCGUUAUGAUGGCGCGACCUGGUGGAACCGAUAACUUAGUGAAUGCCUUCGAAGGAUCGGCGACCUCGUUCUCAGCAAUCGCUGUUGCGUUUUACGGCGGCAGCAUAACCGAGGAAAUACAAAACCCACUGAGAAACUUUCCACUCGCACUAAUGAUCGGAAUACCUUUGGUGACAGUUUGUUACGUUUUGGUGAAUAUUGCCUACUUCACUGUGAUGACGCCAAGUGAGAUGCUCACAUCCAAUGCAGUUGCAAUUACAUUCGGUGACCGUGUGUUCGGGGCUGCAAGCUUCGUCGUCCCCGUUGCCGUUGCUUGCUCAACCUUUGGCGCCGCUAACGGUAGCGCAUUUACUGCUGGUCGAAUCACAUACGCUGCGGGUAGGAACGGCCAUAUGCUGCAGAUAUUUUCGUACAUCAGCGUUACCAAACUGACUCCAUCUCCGGCUCUGAUCUUUAAUUCGUUCAUCGCUCUCAUCAUGAUAAUACCGGACGCUUCAAGCUUCUCAACUUUGAUCGAUUAUUUCACCUUUGCUUCCUGGAUUUUCUACGGAGCUUCAUUUCUUUCACUGAUUGUACUCAGAUACCGAAAGCCGAACUGGGAAAGACCGUACAAGGUUUUCAUACUUGUACCAGUGAUAUGUUUCAUCGCUUCGCUUUACUUGAUCGUGGCCCCCAUCAUCGAUGAACCACAGCUGGCAUAUCUUUACGCAGCAAUCUUUAUAUUAGCGGGCCUUCUAUUCUAUUUCCCACUCGUUCAUUUUAAGAAGGUUCCUGCGUUUAUGGAACCGCUCUCUAGUUUCCUCCAACAAGUAUUAGAAGUUGUUCCUCCACCCGAUGAAGAUGAACCAAGUGAUGAAGAUCCCGUAGAACAAAAACAAACUGAUUUCCAUUCGUUCUAAUACGUGAUAAGACAUACAGAAGGGUAGGGAAAUAUGGGACACCUUUUCAUUCUAAUUUCUUUCCCAUUUGGUAGUAAACAAAGAAAAGUCAAAGAAUUAUAAAAACCGUAUCUUCACGACUUCCAUAGACCGUUGUUAAUUCAGGAUAUUUGGAUAUUAUGUUCUAAAGGUGUCCCAUCUUCCCCCAACCUACAAUAUAUAUAUAAGUUGUAUUACACAUAAUAGCCUUGAUGCAAUCGAAGUUUAAGCGUUUGAUAAUACUGGUCUAAAUAUGAAGCAAACAAAUCGGUAGCGUGUUUUUUAAAAUGAAGAAUGGCAAACAUACCCUUUUUAUACCAUUCAAGUCGCAAUAAAAAUAACCUCCAGCUUGAAGCGUUUGUAUUCACUUAUUGGCUGGCGGAUAUACUUGUUGAAAUUAACCGUUUUUGUGCGAUUGGACAAAUAAAGUGAUGUUACUUACACAUA